AUUUUCUGGACGGGCCAUGUGUAUAGAAUGUGUGGCCCACUGAAAUUAGAGGAGAGGUGUUAAUGCAAAAUUGCAAGUGCAUGUCAUUGAAUUUGAUUGAGUAUAGGAUUCCAAUCUCAAUUUCAGCUUCUUCUAGACUAGAAUAGAAUAGUAGAGUAUAAACAAUUCUCGAAGGAAACCCUAGAAAGAAGGAUGAAGAAAAAGAAGCAGGUGCCGGAGUGGAUGAACAGUUCUCUGUGGUCCACCCCCUCCGACCCUCCUGCUUCUGUUUCUGUUAGAGAAGAACCCCCGACAAUCCCAACCAAUCAGAAUGCCUCUCCUCCUCUUUCUUCUUCUUCAUCCGUUUCUUCUCCUACUGCUACUGCCGAUGACAUCUCCCGGCAUGCUCAGGCUCAGGUUCAGUUGUUGGCCGAGUUGUCUAGGAAGGUGAUAGACAUGCGCGAGUUGAGGAGAGUCGUCGCUUCUCAAGGAAUAUCUGAUGCUGGUGCUUUGCGCCCCACGCUCUGGAAGCUUUUGCUUGGAUAUCUUCCGCCCGAUCGUUCCCUUUGGUCCUCUGAAUUAGCCAAAAAGAGGUCCCAGUACAAAAAUUUCAAAGACGACCUCCUCACGAAUCCUUCAGAAAUCACGAGGAGGAUGUACAACUCCAACUCUGCUGCUCUUGGUAUCGAUGAUGCAAAAUCUCAUACUCAGACUAGGCUCUUGCUUUCUAGAUCACGUAUCACUCAUCAGGACCACCCUUUGAGUCUUGUCAAGACCAGCAUAUGGAAUCAGUUCUUCCAGGACACAGAGAUCAUAGACCAGAUUGACCGAGAUGUCAAUCGUACUCAUCCAGAUAUACACUUCUUCUCUGGUGAUUCUCUUUUUGCAAAAUCUAAUCAGGAGGCUUUAAAGACCAUAUUAAUUGUUUUUGCAAAGUUGAACUCGGGUAUAAGAUAUUUUCAAGGGAUGAAUGAAGUAUUGGCUCCUCUCUUCUAUGUGUUCAAAAAUGACCCUGACGAGGAAAAUGAAGCCUUUGCUGAAGCAGACACAUUCUUUUGUUUUGUUGAGCUGUUGAGUAGGUUCCAAGAUAAUUUUUGUCAACAACUUGACAAUAGUAUUGUUGGAAUCCGUUCCACUAUUACAAGAUUGUCCCAGCUUUUAAAAGAACAUGAUGAAGAACUGUGGCGUCAUCUUGAGGUCACCACUAAGGUUAAUCCCCAAUUCUAUGCAUUUAGGUGGAUUAUUCUCCUAUUGACACAGGAAUUUAAUUUUGCCGACAUCCUUCAUAUUUGGGACGUCAUUUUAAGUGAUCCAGAGGGUCCACAGGCAGCGUGACUCAUUUUCAUCCCUAAUGAGAAUGUCCACAACAAUCAUCCCUAAUGAGAAUGUCCACAACAAGCUGCAGCAGGACUUAAGUGCUUCCACAUGUUGUGUCUUUACACCAAGAAAUGCAUAUCUUCGUGCCUCAAAUCCAGCUGAGUUCCUUUUGAUUUUGCAUGUCCUGUGCAUUCAUGACAGCAACAGUAUACCCAUUGUGCUCAUCCAUUUUAUACACUGGACCCUGUGUCCCAUGAUAGCCAUCUUCUAGCCAGCAUCAUAACACACGCAUACUCUCAUUAAGUUUUGGUAGCUUAUGUCAAAUGGCUUUGAUAGUCCUUUGCCAGCUAUUAUGUCCAGUGGAAGGACCUGAGAUUCUUGCUGCUGUCCCCUAGAUAUGGUGUUGGAAAAGGUGUGAAUUUGUUCUAAUAAUUAAAAACUGAAAGUCAAAACUCUUUUUUUGUUUUAAAAACUAAGUUUACAGUGUUUCAAAAUUAAGUUAAAAAUUAAACUAGUCAUUUUAUUGAAUGUUUGGUUAAAUUAUUCAUUUGAUUUUUAUAAGUAUCUUUAUUUUAACUUUUAGUUCCUAAGAAGUGGUUUGGUUGAGGGAGAGAAGUUACUAUUCAAGGGUAAAUUUUAAAAAAAUAGUGAAGGUUCCUCAUCCCAUUUUUUUUUAUUUUAAUUCAAAUAUUUCUUCCUCAUUUGAUUCGGUGGACUAAUAACCUAAUGGUACAUUCUGAACCAUUUGGGUAUUGCCGGUUACCUUUGUAUUUUUAUUUUUUUAACUGAAUAUAUAAUUACCAUGAAAUGCCCUUUUGACCCUAA